CGAACGGAAUAAAUUUGUUGAUGUACAUAUCGUGAACGAACGUGACAUGAGACUGAACACAGUACUAGUGUUGCAUGCGGCAUAUGAGCGCGGACAAGAAGCACCGACAAUCUGGAGCGAAACAACUUUGAGCAGACCACUACCACGCAUCUACUACUCGGAUUCAGAAGCACCAUUAUCCUCGACACUCGGGGGGAGGACUUGAACGACCUUUAUUAGCUUCGUUCCCCAUCUUCCAACUGGAAACUCUUUCAUGUCCGUCCGCCAGGCCUGUCCACCAAGGUCAUUGUCCCACCACCUC